AUGGAUGGGGUCCCAAUAGGUGAAAAAGAGCUCGUUGAAUUUCUUACUGAAGAAAUAGCUGCAGAAAAAAAACUUCAAAAGGUUAAAACAAUUCCAACAGAAGUGGAGGAUUUUAAAGUUGAGUUGAAUGGUAGUGAAGUCACAUUAACAAAGAAAAGUGGUGAUGAGAAAAUUACAGUUUUCUUCAAUGUGAACCACACUGUGGAUGCAGAGAGUGAACCAGAAUUAAAUCCUAACAUGGACAAACCAGAAUUUGCUGACAUGAGAUCAAAACCAAAUUUUGAAGUUGAUAUUCAGCGAGGAAAUAGGACUCUCGGAUUCACAUGCUCUUUCAAUGCUGAUCAAACACCACAAGAAGGUUAUAGCAAUGAUGUCUUUGGCAUUGAUGAGGUUACACUCUAUGAUGGAGAAUGGUCUGAACAAACAUAUGCAGUAGCUGGAGAUGUAUUAGAUGGGUACCUGUAUGAUCUGCUAAUGAAUAUCUUGGAAGAGAAAGGCAUUUCAAAUGAAUUUGUUGAAAAAUUGUCAGACCUGAGCACUGCUUACGAGCACAGUUGUUACCUGGCUCUCUUAGAAAAUCUUCAGAAAUUUGCCUCUGGAAAGUGAAUCUAUAUUCAUUAGUUAAAUGUAGAAAUGUGAAACAAAUUACCAAUUCCAUUUAAGUCAAUCCAACUGCGAAUAUUUUAAAGACUGCAGUAGAUUGUCAAAACCAGUGUUAAUGUUGUUCUCAACAAAUAUUCAAUAAAUGUAUGUUUGAUUCUUUUUUUCUAAAAAUUACUUUAUUUCAAAUGUCCCUUUUGUAUGGUCCUUUUAGUUAUGAAACAUACAGCAUGACCAUAUCAGGGAGAGGGGGAAUCAGUACUAAAAAAAGUUACAAUUAAGAUACCAAAAGCCUGUAAAUGAAGGCGAGGGUGGAAAGAAAGUGAAUUUGAAUUAAAAGUUCAGAAACCAACUUUAAUAAUGGUAUUUCAUAGUGAAGAUGUUUCUUUUAAGGUGUUCUGUGUAACAAAGUAAAUUUAGGGUACAUAUUACUAAGCUGCGGGUUUAAGGCGAGAAUCUGCAGAAAUGAGCACUUAAAAAUCGUAAAAUUGGCACUAUCAAUUUUUCUUAUCCUUAUUUAUGUACUUGUUUAGCAAGUUUCUGAAGAUAAUAUAAUAUAGUUACAUU